CUGCGCGGAGCUCUGACGGCCUUUUCCCUCCCUUCAGGGAGGGGGUCCCUUCUUGGAGGACGUGGUAACAGCUGGUCCAAGCCCCUCCCGUCCUCCAAAUCUUCCUUUCGCUUCCGCUGGGGGCCCACUGAAUCCUUCCACCUACUCACCCCGGCUCUUUCCGUCUUCACCCAGCAACAGAUACAUUCACUCAGAGAAUUUCUGUGAUUGGCUGAAGACAGCAGGGGUCGCCCCCAUCCUCGGAUCUGUUUUCUUCGUCUUCACCUCCGCCUUGUUCCUGUACUCCCCACACGGACUGAGACUGAUUUGAUUAAAGCACCAGAGUGUAAUGGCCCUCAGAACAGGGCUGGUCCUGGGGUUCCACAGCCUGAUGACCCUCCUGAGCCCGCAGGAGGCAGGGGCCACCAAGGCUGACCACAUGGGCUCCUACGGACCCGCCUUCUACCAGUCUUACGGCGCCUCGGGCCAGUUCACCCAUGAAUUUGAUGGGGAACAGCUGUUCUCUGUGGACCUGAAGAAAAGCGAGGCUGUGUGGCGUCUGCCUGAGUUUGGCGACUUUGCCCGCUUUGACCCGCAGGGUGGGCUGGCCGGCAUUGCCGCGAUCAAAGCCCAUCUGGACGUCCUGGUGGAGCGCUCCAACCGCACCAGAGCCAUCAACGUGCCUCCACGGGUGACCGUGUUCCCCAAGUCUCGGGUGGAGCUGGGCGAGCCCAACAUCCUCAUCUGCGUCGUGGACAACAUCUUCCCGCCUGUGAUCAAUAUCACCUGGCUGCGCAACAGCCAAGCUGUCACUGAGGGAGUGGCCCAGACCAGCUUCUAUUCCCAGCCUGACCAUUUGUUCCGCAAGUUCCACUACCUGCCCUUCGUGCCCUCGGCCGAGGACGUCUAUGACUGCCAGGUGGAGCACUGGGGCCUGGAUGCGCCACUCCUCAGGCACUGGGAGCUCCAGGUGCCUAUUCCACCACCAGAUGCCAUGGAGACCCUGGUCUGUGCCCUGGGCCUGGCCAUCGGCCUGGUGGGCUUCCUCGUGGGCACCAUCCUCAUCAUCAUGGGCACAUAUGUGUCCAGUGCCCCCAGGUAACGAUCCUUCUGAGAGAAAUGACUUGUGGGAGACACCCUGCAGAUCCUCGUGGAUUUGUGACAGCUCCUACGUGCUCAGUGCGCUUUAAGUGCAUCCUGCUGUGCUGACCUUGAGUGGGAUCAACCUCUGUCCUACAAGUCCCCCCCUUUUUGGCCCCAGUACUCAUGGCAGGGUUUGUGGGACACCUACUAGCUUCCCUUCCCUUUCAACACACACGCACAUUCUCGCUCUACCCAAAGCUCUGGCUGGCAGCACCAAAUGCUUUGGUGGUGUUUGCUCUGUGUCCUUUUUAGGCCUUGGCCAGUUCUCCCAGGGUUGAGGCAUGUGGUGCUGGGGAUUGGCAGCAGUCCUGGGGCCCGCAGGGUGUGUCUUGCUCCAUUUGUCCCAUUGUGUGUUACUUUGUGAAUGAGCCGUUUCACAUGGACUUCAUGAAAUUUGCCUCCUGAGUUCAGUUUUGCCCUGAAAGGGAUGCAGAUUAUCCUGUUCCUCACGACCCCCUCAGCUAACAACCCCCUCAGCACUGGGACAGGACAGGCUCAUGGGGACUCCACUCCUGCCUGGGUUUACUCUGUAUGAAGAGACCAUUGGUAUCCUGUCAUGAUGUCAUGUCCUUUUUCUACUUUCCCUAGAGUCCCAUGCAUGACAAAGAGAGGCCCAAGGCUUGGAUAAGGUGGCCACUUCCCUCAGUGGGGUCAAUCAUGUUAGGUAGGAGGUGGUAGAGUCGGUGUGCAAGGUAUCUGGUAAGAGGGGCGGUCCACCUAGACACUCUCUAAAUAUAUGGCCUGGAAGAUUUUAGUCUACUUUUCUGUGAACAAAAUUUAAAAUAUACAAAGAGAUAAGUCACCAUACCACGUCGUUUAUGUCAAGACCAAAAUGAGCAGUACAGAUUACGGCUUUCAAACCAGAAUGCACAUAAGAACUGCUUGGGAUCCUUUUAAAAGUACAGGCAUUGGCCUGGUGCAGUGGCUCACUCCUGUAAUCCCAGCACUUUGGGAGGCCAAGGGGACAGGAUCACUUGAGGCCAGGAGUUGGAAACCAUCCUGGGCUACACAGAGAGACCCCAUCUCUAAAAAGAAAGAUUUAAAAAUUAACCAGGCAUCGUGGCUCGCACCUGUAUUCCCAGCCACUCGGGAGGCUGAGGCUGGAGGAGUGCUUGAGUCCAGGAGUUCAAGGCUGCAGUGAGCCACGAUUGCACCACUGCACUCCAGCCUAGGUGACACAGUGAGACCCUGUCUCUAAAUAAAUAAAUAAAAUAUAAAAAUAACAGGCAUCACCCAGACCUACUGAAUUAGAAUCUCAGGGGUGCAAGGGGCAGCAACAGGGAGGCUGUCUUUUUUGAGACAGGGUCUCGUUCUGUCACCAGGCUGGAGUGCCAUGGCAUGAUCUCGGCUCACUGCAACCUCAGCCUCCCGAGUUCAAGCAAUUCUCCUGCCUCAGCCUCCUGAGUAGCUGGAACUACAGGUGCGCACCACCAUGCCCAGCUAAUUUUUGUAUUUUAAGUAGAGAUGGGGUUUCACCAUGUUGGCCAGGAUGGUCUCCAUCUCCUGACCUCGUGAUCCACCCUCCUUGACCUCCCAAAGUGCUGGAAUUACAGGCAUGAGCCACCACGCCUGGCUGAAGCUGUCAUUUUUUAACAGGCUCUGGAUGACUCUGAUGCAGCCAUCCUGGACCUAGGCUGCGGUCUGGUCACUGGGACACAGUGACAUAAUCAGGUGCCAUGGGGGGUCAUGGGAAAGGGGGAUCUCUAAGGUCUGAGGUGGACCAGGAAGGCUUUCUGAAGAACCUGGGUCUGUUAGGGCAUCAAAGCCAAUCAAGGUACAAGUAAAUAGGGACAAAAUGAGGGUUUGAACUGUGAGCAGUUGGUCCUGGAAAAGAAAGAAACCGAGAGAUGAUGGGGACUCAGAGGGCUUCUUAAGAGAGAAUAAGCUUAAACCAAUGACUAGAAGACCCUGACGGAAGUGGAGGAGAAUCAUCUCAGGCAAAUUUUUUGUGUGCCAGUAACAGAAACCCUCUUCGUGUGAUCACAUGCAAAGUAUAGGAUGUUUGCAAUAUAGCUGUGGGGAAGAGUGCAGGGCCCAAGGGUAGAUUCUAGCCAGGCCUCCUAGGAACAGAACUGGGAUCCGAAAAGCCUGGAGAAGCUACAGCUACCCCUCCAACACUCUCGGAUCCACACGGUCUGUGUUCUCUAGACCCCCCUGCAUGUUAGCGGUGUUCUCUCUCUGUGGACUGACUGUCCUUUUCAGUGAACACGUCCACCCGAAAGCUCCUGAGUUUAUAUCAUCUCAGCCCUCACAACCCACAAAGGCUGUGUCUCCCAGUCACAGCUUUAAAUUACCGGAAAAAUAAAUGACCGGCCAAACGUGGAGCAGGUGUCCAUCCCAGCCUUGUGUAGUUAGAACAGGAGACAAGAUCCCACACAAAUGUGGCUGCCAAGCACCCAGCCCCGGGGCAAGGGGUCAAGUUCUUGUCAGAGAAAGAGGAAUAAGUUGGUUCUCAGAAGACACCACAAGAUACGUGUGUUCCCAACAGUCUCUGAUCUCUGCGGAUCUUUUGCUGAGCAGUUAACUUGAUGCAUCAUUGGGGAGGUGUUUCUCUCAUCUCCAUCCUAAGGCUUAAUAAAGUCAUUAAAAUUGUGUGCUUUUGAC